AUGAACCCGGGGAAAGGGAACUCCGACCAUGGCCAGUGCGGGAGGCAGGGAUUGGUGAGGGCAUCUUGCCCGUCGGGGAGCAUGUGGACGAACCCCGUGGCGAGGAUGACCCCAGCGGCGAAGGCCUUGAUCAGGGCGAACGUGCUCGAGUCCGUUCUCAGGAACCGCCGCUUCCGCCCUAACAGAGGGAUCGCGAUUCCCACCACGCUCGUCGUCAGGAUCACCGCGAUAGCCACCAAUUUCAACCGGAAAGCGUCCGCAUCGUCCCUGCAGUCGUCGGCCUUGCCGUCGGAGCAAUCUGUGUUGCCCGUGGAUGCGGACACCUGCCGGAUUAAGCCAUCUGCAACACCAAUCGCCGAAGGGACGAAGAACAAUCAAAAUCCAAAGCCACUGAACCAAUGA